AUGAAGCUGGAAAGUGCUAUUGCAUUCUCUUUAUGCUUAGUCCAAGUGAAUAGCUCUCCUAUUCAUGGUCUUUUCAAAAGGUUCGCCAGCAACAGCGCCGCUGAUGCCCAAAUGGUGAACACAACGACAUUUUAUUACCCACAGACACAAGCAGGUGAACUUUUUCCCAUGGACAAAUGUAAAGGUUACACAUUGGAAGACGCUACCAUUGAUCAAUUGCAGGACUACUUUUCAUCGGGAGGCCUGACCUCUGAGGACGUUGUUCGCUGUUAUCUGGACAGGUACCUCCAGAUCAAUUCCUAUGUUAACGCUAUCAUGCAGGUAAAUCCUGACGCCAUCUCAAUUGCACGUCAAAUGGACGAAGAGCGAGCUAAUGGAAUCACGAGAGGACCUUUGCAUGGCAUCCCAUUUGUUGUAAAGGAUAACUACGCAACGAAAGACAAAAUGGACACAACCGCUGGCUCUUGGAUGUUACUCGGUUCUGUGGUUCCUCGUGACGCCAUGGUUGUUUCUAAGCUAAGAGACGCGGGAGCAGUCCUCUUUGGUCACACAACCCUGAGCGAAUGGGCCGACAUGAGAUCUUCAGACUAUUCCGAAGGCUACUCCGCUCGCGGCGGUCAGGCUCGCUGCCCUUUCAAUUUGACUGUCAACCCUGGCGGAAGCUCUUCAGGCAGUGCAGGCUCGGUUGCAGCCAAUAUGAUUCCUUUCAGCUUGGGAACCGAGACCGAUGGGAGUAUUAUUGACCCUGCCAUGCGCAAUGGAGUUGUCGGGUUCAAACCAACCGUGGGAUUGACAUCAAGGGCAGGCGUUAUUCCUGAAUCUGAACACCAAGAUUCCACUGGCCCUAUAGCCAGAACAGUGAGAGACGCUACCUAUGCCUUUCAAUACAUGUGGGGCGUUGAUGACAGAGACAUCUACACCCACAACCAAACAGGGAACGUUCCUGAGGAUGGUGACUAUCUUAAAUUUUUGACGGACAAAACUGCUUUGAAAGGCGCCAAGUUCGGUCUCCCAUGGAAAAAGCUCUGGUCCAAAGCCAAGUCUGACGAGAUUCCAAGGCUUCUGGAAGUCAUCAAAAUUAUCGAAGAUGCAGGUGCAACUGUCUACAACAACACUGAUUUCGAAAAUCAGGAUGUCAUUUCAGGUGACGGCUGGAAUUGGGAUUUUGGUCCCGCGAAUGAAAGUGAAUUUACCAUUGUCAAGGUCGACUUCUAUAACAACAUCAAAGCCUAUUUGAGUGAGCUUGGAAAUACAAAGAUCAAAGACUUGACCGACAUCGUGAACUACAAUUACCAGUUCAGCGGAUCAGAGGGUGGCUAUGAAAAUCAGAAUCCUGCCUUUGCUUCAGGUCAAGACUCGUUUUUAGACUCCUUAGCUUGGGGCGGGGACAAAAACGAAACUUACUGGCAAGCGGUUGAGUUUGUUCAGAAAACCUCCAGGCAAGAGGGAAUCGACUCUGCCUUGAAUUACACAGACAGUGCGACUGGCGAGAACUUCAAACUCGACGGUCUGUUGGUUCCUAGUGGUAACAGUAUAACCUAUCAGCAGGCUGCUAAAGCUGGCUACCCCAUGAUAACGUUGCCUGUGGGUGUCAAAUCUACGAAUGGAAGACCUUUUGGGCUGGGAAUAAUGCAGUCUGCAUGGCAGGAGCCUCUGCUGAUUAAAUAUGGUUCAGCAAUUGAAGAUUUACUGCAGUAUAAAUCCAAGCCACAAUUUUACGAAUAUCUGGCGAAAAACGUUCCCGUUGUAUGA